ACCAAACUCUGAAGGACUGUCCUAGUUUUAGGGUAAGUAUAUGUAUGCAUGUAUGUAUGCAGAGUCAGGCGAAGUGUGGGUGUGGGGCUAUGGGAUCUUGGGGCUUGGUCCCAAGGUGAACCAAUGUCCGAUACCCCAAAGAAUCCCACCCACUCUCCUUGGUCAAAAUGAACUCCAGCCAGACACAAAAGUGGUGCAGAUUCAAGCUGGCAUGUCUCACUUGGCUGCAGUCACAAAUAAAGGGGAUCUCUUCAUGUGGGGACACAACAGAGGUGGUCUUCUUGGCUUGGGACAUGAUAAGGACCAGUAUUUUCCUCUCAGGGUGGCAGUAGGUGCUCCAGUGAAGAAGGUGACUUUGGGAAUAGAUCACACCAUGGCUCUGUGUCGUGACCCCAUCUGAUUGAUUUUAGGGAAUUAUAUGUUAAUUCAUGAAAAAUAAAGGAUCUCCUCAUCUGUCAA